UCUCACAUAAAAUCAAAACCUUAGAGUUUGUUUUCAGCACCCCAAAAAAAAAAAAAAAAAAAAAAACCUUGUAGCUUGUUGUUCGAAAUGGAAUCUUUCUCUUGUCAAGAUUUCAAGGUAGGAAAACGUGAGGGUGAAAAAGUAGUUGAUGGUGAAACCAUACCAUUGGUGUUGCAACCAAGAGAUACCAUCCAAAAUGAUGUUGAAUCAUUGCUUGUGACUUUGAAGAAGAACAAGGAAUGGUUUGAAGCCAUGAUCAUCAAGCAUAGUGCUGUUCUGCUCAGAGGUUUUGAUGUGAAGAAUGCUGAGGAUUUCAAUGAGAUUGUGGAGCUUUUUGGAUGGGAAGAAAUAAAAUAUGUUGGACCAGCAAUAAGAACAAAUGUACACAAAAGAGUUUGGACUGCCAAUGAAGGACCCUUGUCCGAUUCCCUGCCUUAUCAUCACGAAAUGGCUCAGUUUACAGAUAAGUUGAGUAAAUUGAUUCUGUAUUGUGAAAUUCCACCACCAGAAGGUGGAGAAACACCAAUCGUGCCGAGUUUUCGAGUUGCAGAAAGAAUGAAAGAGGAAUUCCCAGAAAUGGUAGAAGAAAUGGAGAAGAAAGGGUUGAUGUAUAUGUUCCCAGCUCCAAGUAAGAAUGAUGCAUCUUCAAUGAGGGGAAGAGGCUGGGAAGAUGUGUUUGGGACAUCAGAUCGUGCUGAAGCUGAAAAAAGGGGAAAGCUUAUGGGAAUGAAACUUGAGUGGCUUCCGGAUGGAGGGGUGAAGACAUUUAUGGGUCCAUAUCCUCUGACUAAGGAGUUUGAGGGAAGAAAGGGGAGAAAGAUGUGGUUCAACUCGCUCAAUUUCCAUGGGAAAAAUGCCACGGUAACAAUGACAGACGGAACUGAGAUCCCACAAGAUUUGGUGAAAAGAAUUGAUGAGAUCAUGGAAGAGGAAAGCAUUCAGUUCAAGUGGAACAAGGGAGAUAUACUUUUCUUGGAUAACAAAGCCGUGCUCCAUGGCAGAAGAUCAUCUCUUCCACCCAGAAGGGUUCUGGUCGCAAUUUGCAAGUAGAUUUCAUGUGUUUCUGUGAUUUGUUUACCCACUUCUCAUUCUGUUAUGAGAAUCGAUAGACCAUAUAUUCUGUUUAAAGUAUCAAUCGCGAAUCCAAUUUGCGACAUUCCCUCAUCUGAAAUUAUUGUAUUGUCUAGAGGUUAUAUUUUCUAGUGUACUUGUUAAAAGAAAAGGGAACGUAUUCAAAAGAAAAUGGAAACUGGGAAGUUAAACAAAAGGG